AUGUCCUCGAAAGUAAAAGGAAAGCCCAAAUCAGGUGCAUCACUCGUGCAUGACACGGGUGAGGCUUCUUCGAUGAGCGGACAUGAUUCCGGCCCGUCGCUUUCAAUAAGCAGUAGCAAGCACUCGCUCCCUGAGAACGAAAGGGGAGCACAGAACAAGGCUAGUGCUUCGAUGAAGAAACUUCGCAAGCCAUUCGGCAUUGGCAAUACGAAGCUAAGCAACAAAAGUGAUGAGGGCAAUAGUGGUGAAGCGGGAUUGCCGGUUGAGCAGAAUCAGACUGCUGAAGUACCACUCGGAACCAGGGUGAAGAAACGUAGAAAAAAGAAACCAAAGUCAUCUUCUUCAUUGGAUGCUGCCUCCAUGAACAGCUCGUUGAACAACUCACUUCAUAGCAGUCCAGAACUAACCGAACCAUCAUCAACAAGGCCGAAACGAAGAAAGAAGAAAAAAAAGAGUCUCUCUCUGGAUGCAACUGGCUACGUUGAUAACCUUGGAGGAGCUAUGAAGAAAAAGAAGAAAAAGAAGUUUAUAGAUACUUCUGACCUGGGAAAGACCGACGGAGUGGAGGAUGCGGAAGCUGGAAACCUGGAUCAAGCCAUGGGCGUCUCUGAACAAAAGAAACUCAAAAGAAAGAAGAAGAAAGUGAAGUCUUUAGAUACUUCUGAAUCGGUCGAGACUGAUGGAUUGGACGAUGUGAAAGAUGGAAAUCUUGAUCAAGCGGUGGGAGUCACUGAAAAAAAGAAAAUCAAAAGAAAAAAGAAAAAAAUGAUGUCUAUAGAUGCUUCUGAUCCGAGAGAGACUGAUGGAUUGGAGGAUGUGGAAGCCCGAAACCCUGAUCAAGUGGAGGAGGCCGGUGGACAAGCAAUAUUCAAAAAGAAGAAGAGAAAGAAGAAGACAAUUGAUACUUCGAGCCCCGAAGGCGCAGAAAAAAAGAAACCUAGUGAAUUCGCCGCGGAAGAAAAUAUAGCUCUCAACGCAGAAAGCAUCAGCAUUACCGAGACGAAGCACAGUUCUUCCGCGAAACUAGAAACCAAUGCAAAGGAAGCUGAAACUAUUGUUGAAAGCGCCAGUGGUACGUUGCCUGCAGAAGCAGAACAGCGGCAUCUUCAUCCACAGGAGGAAGGCCCAAGUUCACCAAAGGAAGAAAGUCCCGAAAGACCGGAAAAUGAAGAUAAAGAGUCAGGUGUGCUGAAUCGUGAAGCGCCACUUAAUGACCAAGACACCGACUCCGCAACAGCAGCGCCAUCUUCUAAUGCGGCAGAACAACACGACAAAUCGCAAUUCCAAGGUGUCACAAUCGUGAAGGAACCUGAACGCGAUGGUGAAUCUUCCCCGGCCGUGGGGGAAGGCGAAAACGGCAGACAAGCAAACUUUCAGACUGAACUUGUUCCUACAAAGGAAGAAUAUGACGAGGAAAGCGACAUCGUUGUCCACCAUUCGAAUGCCAGUAAAGCUUUGAAGACCGAGAAAAAUGCCGUCACAUCAAGGUUGUUUUCCCAAGAGUCGGAUUUUUCCGGAUCAGAUAGUUCGGAAUCCGGUAAUGCCAGCCAGUUCGACUCUGCUGACCACCCACAAUCAAACAUCCGGACUGGGCUUGUUCCCACAAAUGAAGAACUUGGGGAGGAAAGUGGCAUUGUUCUUCACAAUGUGAAAGCCGGUAAAGCCUUGAAGACCGACAAAAAUGCUUUAUUUUACAACGACUCGGAUGAUUCUGGAUCUGACAAUUCGGAAUCCGAUGUUGACACUGAAAACGACUCUGGGGACCAUUUACCACACAUUCAGCCCGCGCUUGUGCCCACAACUAAAAGCCGUGGUAAGGAAAGUGACAUUGUUCUUCACAAUGUGGAAGCUAGCAAAGCUUUGAAGAAAGAGAAAAACUCGGUCGCAUCAACUUUCUUUUACAAAGAGUCGGAUGAUUCCGGAUCGGACAACUCGGAAUCUCCGAACGACAGAGAUCUUUAUUCUGCUAACCACCCUGGGGAAGACUGUGCCAACGACGACAUUACAUCCUCUGGGGAGGCCGUUCUUGGCACUGAUGAUAAUGCUGCUUUAGACACUGUCAUCGUUGAAGACAAAGGCUCAUCUGCAGCCUUGCGAAAACAAGUGGAACAAUUACAUGAGCAACUUGAAGAAAAACAGCGUGAGAUCCGAAUGCUUGAAGAAUUGGUGGCCUCCCAUGAGUCCAAUGCGAUCGAGCAAGACGAUCAAAUUGCUGUUCACAAGGGAAUGAUUGACGAUUUUCAAGAAGAUUAUGAUAUGGUUCUGGGAAAGUAUAACGAACAAGUCGAACAGAAUGCACUGCAGACAGGUCUCAUCGGAAGAAUGAAACAUGCGGAGCUUGAGUACGUGAGGGCAAUCAACGAGAAAACGAAUCGCAUCCAAGUGUUGGAGGAACAACUAUCAAUACUCCAAAAGGCAGAGAAUAUCCAGUUACUGCCAGCUCUAGAGGCUGAAAAUGAAAGGCUUCGGAGAAUGAUAAGCUUACAGAAACAGGGGUUGGUUCAAGCGCUUAGGCAAAGCCCAUUAAGCUUUUAA